CACUCUUCAUCUUUUAAAAACUUUAUAAUUCUCUUUUCUUUUGUUUUUCUUUCAUGUCAAAGAGAAUUAACACUGUUGAGUUAAGUAAAGAAUGAAUGCUUGUAAUCCAAACUUUUGUGUGCAGACUUCAAAAAUUUAUUUUGACAGUCAGUCUUCUGUUGUUUGAGAUAAUAAUAAAAAUAAUUUAUAAAAGAAUGAUUUUAAUAAAGAUCUAUAUAUAUUUCAUAAGUUGUUUUUGAGUAUUUGUAUAAGAAAGUUGGAGUCACACAAUGUUUAAUGUGUAGACGAUAAAGUGAAGUUGAGAAAUAAUGGCUUUCCUCCUUGUUUUGAUUCUCAUGAUUGCUUCACAUAUAAACUGUUCAAAAAUUAUUUCAAUGGAAAAUGUGGAAUGUUCAACAUAUGAGGAUUACAUAUAUACAGAUCCAAGAUAUUACAGAUAUUAUCCUUAUGUUGUGAAACUUCAUCGCUGCAUCGGCAGUUAUGGAUUAAUAAGUCCAGCGAUGAGAAAAUGUGUCCCACUAGACUUCAAGACAGAAAAUAUUAGCGUGUUUAAUAGAGUAGAUUUUACACAAAGUUCAAUGUUGGUUCUAAAUCAUACUGGUUGUCAUAGUGAAUGUGUAAACAAUGCAUCCAUGUGUACAAAGCACGAAAAGUGGAACGAUGUACUAUGUAAAUGUUUAUGUAACUAUGAAAAGAAACCUAGUCCGUGUUGUUUCCCGCAUGUGUGGAACUCGUUAGAAUGUGGAUGUGUGUGUCCUACCCAAAUGCGGGAAUGUAGCAGUAGAAAAUCGUGGAGCUAUGACGAAUGCGAUUGUAUCUGCAAACCAGAAUUUUUCUAUCUAUGUUCUAAAAGAAAUCUUACAAUAAAUUUGAACACAUGCUCUUGUGGACAUAACGUACAGCUUGAAGAAUUAAGUGCAUGUAGCAGGAUGGUGUCAAGGAAAAUCAUUUUAGUUGCAAUGCUUGCAGAAGCUUUGGCCAUUAUAUUUUGUUUCUUAGUUUACACAAGUUUUUGUAAAAGAAAAAAAUUGGAUAUAACGCAUGAGAAAAGUGUUUUAUUGAACGAGGAGACAAAAUUAUAAUGUUAGCUAUUUAUGAAAACUGGUGAAGAAAAUUAAUAAUAUCAUGCAUUAGACAAACUUAAAUCUAAAAAGAACUGUUCGUACAGCAACAUAAACUGGCUGUGUGUAAAAUCCUUUUGUAAAAAUAUUUUUUUGUUUUGAUAAAUUAUCAUUUAUUUAUUUGAUGAUUACACAUUGUACCAUGCACAAGAAGAUAAAUUCAGCUUAUCUUA